UUACAUCCCUAUUAUUCCAUGCCUUUUCCUCAAGCUAAAAAGUCCUAUAAACCCCACAUUAACACUCUGUCCAAAUCCCUUUCACCAUUCUCUAACUUCUAACUUUUCUCAUCAAUUAUUAUCAAAAUUCCAAAACCAUCUUUUUCUACACAUGGCUUUGAUUUUCAUCUUAGUUAUUACACUCACUUGAAAUAAUUGUAAUCUCAAUGAAGGGAACAGAAACAGAGCCUCUGUUUUCAUGCAUUGUUGCAUUCUGUGUCUUGAUUCUCAUCUUUUUGCCGCGGUUUUUCUUCGAGAUUGUUUUCUCACCGGUUUUGAUUUUCACCGGGGCUAUAUUGAUCAGUCUUCUUCGUUUUGGUGCGAUUCAGAGAUCUAAGAAUGAAGAAGAAAAAUUGAAGAAAACAGAGUCUGUUACAAAACAGGGGAAAAAAACAGAGGAGGAUGUGAAAAUCGAUUCUUUUGAUGAAACUGGAAGAUGGGUAUUGGGGAAUUCGGAAGAGAAUUCGAAAUUUGAGAUGGGUUUUGAAUCAAGUUCGUUUCUUGAUGAUUCUUUCGUCGAAUGGAACGUGAAAGCGCCAUUGGAGGUUAUAUAUGAAGGUGAAGAAACAGAGGAGGGUUCUGUUGGUGGAGGAAUGAGGAACCCUUCUUGGUCGUUUUACUAUCCGGAGUCUGAUUCGGAUAGUUCAUCGUCGGAGAAGGAUUUUCCGGCGAUGGGGAACUGGGACUCGCCGGAGGAGAUGGGGUUUAUGUGGGAUGAGGAAGAAGAUACAGAAGAGUUGAUUGAGAUAUCACUUGAUGGGUGGAAGAAGAAGCUCAAGAAAGAGAUGGAAUUUGGGUUUGAGGAAGAGAAUAUGAUUGAGAUUGAUCUUUCUCCGACGAAAUUGAAGGGAGUUUUCCGGUGAGGAUUAGGUGUUUUCCGGUGAGAUUAGGUGCAAUUAAUAUGAGAUUUAGGAGAGAUUAACAGUGUGUUAAUGUUAGCAUGUGAUUUGUUUUGGGAUGAGUGUGAAAGGUUUAGAGAUUUGGAGUUAUUUUGGGUUUUGGCAGGUUAUGCCUCUUUUGGAUUUGAGAUUGUAUCUAAGCUUAAGUUCAAUUAAUCAACCUAAUCAAUUACUAGUA